AUGGAUGGGUCAGAAAAAGGACCGGGCGCAAGCUCUGAUGACAUCCAGUUCGAUACCGAAAGCGCCAUGACGAUCACAGGCGAAGAAACUCCCGACAAGGAGAGCUCCAACCUCAAAGGAAAUGACUGGAGAAUGAUGACCAAGCUCCAGGAUGAUAACGAUCGCAACCUGGCUGCUGGAUUCAAGAAACAGGAACUUGGUAUCACAUGGCGGGAUCUCUCUGUGCAGGUAACAAGUUCAGAGGCCGCCGUGAAUGAGACUGUUCUCUCCCAGUUCAAUUUCCCCACCAUUAUCAAAGAGAGCCGGCGAAAGCUUCCUCUACGGACGAUCCUCAACAAGAGUCAUGGCUGCGUGAAGCCCGGUGAAAUGUUGCUUGUGCUGGGCCGCCCCGGCUCCGGCUGCACGACUUUGUUGAAAAUUCUUGCCAACAGACGAGGCGGGUUCAAAUCAGUGGAGGGAGAUGUUCGCUUUGGAUCCAUGCAGCCGAAGGAAGCUGAAAAUUUCAGAGGUCAGAUUGUGAUGAACACCGAAGAAGAGAUCUUCUUUCCAUCUCUAACGGUUGGUCAAACCAUGGACUUCGCCACACGCCUGAAAGUGCCCUUCCAUCUUCCAGACGGAAUGACUGCCUUGGAAUACCAAGAAGCCUCGAAAAAGUUCCUACUCGAAUCCGUCGGAAUCUCUCACACCGAGGACACCAAGGUCGGCAAUGAAUACGUUCGUGGAGUUAGCGGUGGUGAACGCAAGCGAGUUUCCAUCAUCGAAUGUAUGGCCACCCGAGGAUCUGUCUUCUGCUGGGAUCAAUCGACUCGUGGCCUUGACGCCUCUACUGCCCUUGAAUGGACAAAGGCUAUCCGAGCUAUGACCGAUACACUCAAUCUGUCCACCGUGGUAACUCUCUACCAGGCCGGUAACGGUAUUUACGAUUUGUUCGACAAAGUUCUCGUGCUUGAUGAAGGAGAACAGAUCUUCUACGGCACCAGAGAGCAAGCCAGGCCAUUUAUGGAGGAUGCUGGAUUCAUCUGCCGCGAAGGUUCCAACAUCGCUGAUUACCUCACUGGUGUCACCGUACCCACAGAGCGCAGAAUUCGAGAUGGCUUCGAGAGUCGCUUCCCGCGCAACGCGGAGGCUGUGAGAGCCGAGUAUGAAAAAUCCCCCAUCUACACACAAAUGAUAGCGGAGUACUCUUACCCGGAAUCCGAUCUUGCCCGCGAGCGGACUGAGGAGUUUAAGCAAGGCGUGGCUUUUGAAACCUCCAAAAACCUGCCCAAGAACAGCCCCUUCACCGUCGGCUUCGUUGAUCAGGUUAAGAUUUGUGUGCAGCGUCAGUACCAAAUCCUUUGGGGCGACAAAGGAACUUUCAUCAUCAAGCAGGUGGCAACGCUAUGCCAGGCCUUGAUUGCCGGCUCCCUGUUCUAUAAUGCCCCCGACAACUCUGGUGGACUGUUCGUCAAAUCAGGUGCUCUCUUCUUCUCCCUUCUUUACAACAGUUUGCUGGCUAUGAGUGAAGUAAACGAGUCCUUCUCUGGAAGACCUGUGUUGAUUAAGCACAAGGGCUUCGCUUACUUCCACCCGGCCGCUUUCUGUCUUGCCCAAAUUGCUGCGGACAUACCUGUCUUGCUUUUCCAGAUUUCUAUGUUUGGUCUGGUUAUAUACUUCAUGGUUGGACUCUCCAUGUCAGCCGGGGCGUUCUUCUCCUACUGGAUUAUCGUUUUCACAACGACAAUGGCUAUGACUGCUCUCUUCCGAGCUGUUGGCGCUCUAUUUUCUACCUUUGAUGGGGCCUCCAAGGUCUCUGGUUCGUUGAUCAUGUUCACCGUUCUCUACACCGGUUACAUGAUUCCAAAGCCUACAAUGCACCCGUGGCUCGGCUGGAUCUUCUGGAUCGACCCGCUAGCUUAUGGUUUUGAGGCUUUGCUAAGUAUAGAAUUCCAUGAUAAGACCUUUAUUCCAUGCGUCGGAAAGAAUCUGAUUCCCACCGGCCCCGGAUAUGAGAAUGCCCAGGCGCAUCAAGCUUGUGCAGGUGUUGCUGGCGCGAUCUCAGGCCAGAAUUUCGUGGUUGGCGACAACUAUCUGGCGUCGCUCUCAUACAGCCACUCGCACGUUUGGCGCAAUUUUGGCAUCAACUGGGCGUGGUGGGUUUUGUUUGUUGCUGUCACGAUGGUCGCUACUUCGAACUGGCAGACACCCUCAGAGUCUGGUAGCACGCUGGUCAUCCCCCGUGAAUACCUGCACAAGCACGUCCAAAAUCAGCAAAAGGAUGAAGAAGGUCAGAGUUUAGGGAAGCACGUUUCCCAAACGAAGGAUGAGGCCCCAAAGUCUGACAACAAGUUGGUCCGCAACACGUCCGUUUUUACAUGGAAGAAUCUUUCAUACACGGUUCAGACACCUAGCGGUGACCGUCUCCUCCUUGACAACGUCCAUGGAUGGGUGAAACCGGGCAUGCUUGGUGCCUUGAUGGGUUCCUCGGGCGCCGGCAAGACAACCCUACUUGAUGUUCUCGCUCAACGUAAAACUGAAGGAACAAUCAAAGGCUCAAUCAUGGUGGAUGGUCGUCCACUGCCUGUCUCAUUCCAACGCUCGGCCGGUUAUGUUGAGCAGCUGGACAUCCACGAACGUAUGGCAACGGUCCGGGAGUCCUUGGAGUUCUCUGCCCUACUGCGCCAACCUGCUACCAUCCCACGCGAAGAGAAACUUGCUUAUGUGGAUGUCAUCAUCGAUUUGCUCGAGCUCCAUGAUCUGGCUGAUACCAUGAUUGGUAGUGUAGGGGCUGGAUUGAGUGUAGAACAGCGCAAGCGUGUCACUAUUGGAGUCGAACUCGUUUCCAAGCCUAGCAUUCUGAUCUUCCUCGACGAGCCUACUAGCGGUCUUGAUGGCCAGAGUGCGUACAACACUGUGAGAUUCCUUCGCAGACUUGCGGAUGCUGGCCAGGCUGUACUAGUCACCGUGCACCAACCAUCUGCGCAGCUUUUCGCCGAGUUUGAUCAGCUUCUUCUGUUGGCCAAGGGAGGCAAAACUGUCUACUUUGGUCCCAUUGGAGAGAAUUCGCAGGAUAUCAAGAGCUAUUUCUCCCGUUAUGGAGCCCCGUGCCCGUCUGAGACCAACCCUGCUGAGCACAUGAUUGACGUGGUCUCUGGUCAACUGAGUCAGGGUAGGGAUUGGAACAAGGUCUGGAUGGAGUCGCCUGAGCACAGUGCCAUGCUGAAGGAGCUUGACGAGAUCAUUGAGACCGCUGCAUCGAAACCGCAAGCUACUACCGAUGAUGGUCGGGAGUUUGCUUGCACCCUCUGGGAGCAGACAAGCCUGGUUCUAAAACGGACAUCAACAGCCUUAUACCGAAAUUCUGACUACAUCAACAACAAGUUUGCCCUCCACAUCUCAUCAGGAUUGGUUGUGGGAUUCAGUUUCUGGAAGAUUGGCGACUCAGUCGCUGAUCUUCAGAGUGUGCUAUUCUUCGUCUUCAAUGCCAUCUUUGUCGCUCCGGGUGUGAUCAAUCAACUGCAGCCGACUUUCCUUGAACGCCGCGAUCUGUUCGAGGCACGCGAGAAGAAGGCCAAGAUGUACUCCUGGAAAGCGUUCACCAUCGCGUUAAUUGUCUCUGAGUUCCCCUACCUGGUCGUGUGUGCCGCUCUCUUCUUCAACUGCUGGUACUGGACGGCCGGUAUGACAGUUGAUUCCAGUAAAAGCGGCAGCAUGUUCUUCGUAUUUUUCCUCUAUGAGUUCCUCUACACUGGAAUUGGUCAAUUCAUCGCUGCAUAUGCACCCAACGCCCAGAUGGCUGCCAUGACAAAUCCUCUAAUCCUGGGCACAAUGAUCUCUUUCUGUGGUGUUCUGGUCCCCUACGCCCAAAUAGUUAGCUUCUGGCGAUACUGGAUGUACUGGAUUAACCCAUUCAACUACCUCAUGGGCAGCUUAUUGGUCUUCGGCUUGUUCGAUCGCGAAGUCCAUUGCAAGGAGCAAGAAUUUGCCAAAUUCGAUGCACCCAAUGGAACCACUUGCGGCGAAUACCUCAGCGAAUUUAUGCAGACCAUUGGUGCCCGUAUGAACCUCACCAACCCCGAGGCUACCGAAGGAUGCCGCGUGUGCGAAUACACCCGUGGAUCCGAUUACCUUUUCACCAUCAACCUGAAGGACUACUACUACGGCUGGAGAGACGCGGGUAUUGUGGCUCUGUUUGUGGUCAGCUCGUAUGGGCUGGUGUUUGGACUCAUGAAAUUGAGAACCAAGGCAUCCAAGACUGCCCAGUGA